AUGCGCUCUUCUAACAAAAUCAAAAGAAAAACGGCUGAUAUAGAGGAAAUUAUUGCAGUGGUAGAGACCGACAAUGCAAUAGUAGAAGAAACUAGUGAUGAAGUAGAACCUUCCUCCUCUGAAAAGGAAGUAUUGUUAUUGAAUCCUCUUCUACUAGAGAUGAGGUCACGAAGAACCAAACAGAGGAUAAGCGAUUCUGAACAUAAAAAGAUUGCCAGGAUUACCAUACUGUAUAUUUUGGCAUUUUUUGCUUUGGCCCUCGUGACCUUUUUCGUGACUUAUUUGGCUUGA